AUGCAUGGGCGGGAAGGUGAGGAGUGGAAACGUCAGCGGCACAUGUGGCCAGUCCAUUCUCCUGCUAAAGUACCGACCACAGCACUAGCGGCACCACCUCAUCCGGUCUCUCCUCCAUUCUCAACAACGGUCAAGCCUGACAAGAUCGGGCAUCGUUACUUCCUGAAGGUGCCUCCAUUUUUCAGAUUCACCGCCUGCCCUCUCCUUCCGUCUUCCUUGCUUAUAGGUCAACUUGAACAUGGCAGAGAUGAUUCUGUAUCAUCUUGGGGAAGAGAUGGGUAUUUUUUAUUUGGUAAUCUGUGCUUGGCGUCAAGAUGGCCUUUAGAAAUUUGGUUUCUUGAUACCCUGGUCAAUCCUAUAAUUCAAAGGUAAGAUGAUUUUCAGUGAUCAUUACCAUAAUCAGCUUCUAAGGGGGUUUAUCGACUGAAUACGAUGGCCAACAUUUGUGAAGGUGCAACGUUGUGUCAUCAAAUGUAAUGAAGUAUUUGAAUAUUUUCGGAUCUGUAUCACUUUUCGUGGGUUGCAAAGGUUACAAGGCUUUGGUGUUUGUGUUGCCAUCCAAUUAUGUGGGUGCAUGGCUUUUGAAGUCUAUGCACCCCCAAUAGAUCGGUAAAUUUACCAUAUAGUUUUUGGCCUUUGAUGUAGAAGAAAGGCUGUGGAGUAGGUGACGCGAAAGAAAAGUUCUUAUUGUUUAAACAUAUAUUAUAGUGUUCAUCCUGACUGUCUCAGUGCGUUGCCGCAUCUUCUCAACAUCUUAGUCUGGAGCGAGAGACAAUGGAAUUGUCUUGUACAUCAGUUUUGGGCACGUGGAUAAAAAAAAUGGUCAUACAUCACCAUAGAAGGUGACAAAGUAACUUUGGGUAGUUUGGGUAAUGUUGUGGGUUGUAAAUCAAUGUGAUUAUGGGAAAAGAAGUUUUCUCAUUUUCUUUUAAGCUCUUCAGUAAUUAUUGUUGGGUUACGUUAAAGAAUAUCUUAUUACAUUAAAAUGAAGAUUUAAUGUACACUUUUCCAUGUUGACUGUGUUGAUUAUAGUUGUCGAAUUGCCUCUCAGGCAGUGGGUUACCGUAAAGGACUAAUGUUAUUGUGCCUCGGCAAGUUUGUGAAAACGUAGCUCUAAUCGGUUGCAUUGUUUGUCGCGUGGGUUUCCCUGUUGGGUGCUUUGUUUCUUGGUGUCAAUCACUAACUUCUUGCUGCUAAUAAGUCUGUGAAAGAUGUUAGUUUCAAAGGGUCUUAUGGACAAGAAGAAGAAGAUGAUUAACUUUAUCCAAAGUGGGUUAGUGGAAAAUUUAUGAGAUGAUAUGUGUGCUAAGUAUUUGUCAAUUGCUUAGAUCAAAUUAAUUGAUUUCCACGCAUCAUAAUUUUCAUUUUGAUACAGUCCAUGUUUGUGACCUAAGAAUGAAAUAUACUUAACUGGAUACUAAUCUGUUGUAUGACAGAAUGUCUGUAAGAGAUAUAAUCACUUUUAUGCCAUAUAUUCUGUCUUCUUUCCAGAGAAGAAAUCAAGGGAAAAAAAUAUUUGAUUAAGUCAGACAAACCUUAUGCACGAAAGUUUUAGAAGUAACAUCGGUUUAAGUUACAUCAAAGAAUCGUAUUUUAUGGAGCUGUAAUUUGUGCUUUCUAGUGAAGUUUUACAUUUCUAGUGAAACACUGGCAGUUUUGCAUGUGAAAGGUCGUUUUUAAUUUCAAUCAUCGCCUUGGUUGCUCUGUACUUGUCUUAAAUGUAGUUGCCUCUUCUAGUUGUAGAGCGAUUCAUAAGAUUUCCAUCUGUACGCGAAACAUUACUUCAGCUAAAUCGUAAACCCAUCCUUGAGAGGUUCCGUUUGUUUCCAAACCAUGGGACAAGUGCAUAUGGUUUACUUGGAAGGAAAAAAAAGGGAUUUACCAACUAAUAAAAUGGUUAUUAGUUGAUAAGUACCCCGUGAAAGAGUGGACUAGGAAGAACAAUCAUGUAAAGUCAUGUAACUGUCAUUUUUUCUAGGCCUAAUAAUGGUGCAAUUUAUUCUCGCCUUGAAUCAGCCAUAUGCCGUUCUCUGACAAAAAAUUUCUGUAGGUAAGGCUCAUUUUUCAACCAAAGAAAUUGUAUGGUUGAGCGUUGUGGAGUUAAAUGAUGUUGUUCCAGGACUUUUGGGAGUGCAGCUUGAGUAGCUCAGAAUUCGCAUUCAUCCAAAGAAGUCCUGUAGUUUAGGUUAAUUAAGCAAUUAAUCUUCCACGGUUCAAAGGUAGUAGACCACACUUCAUUUUGCUCUGCACUAAUACUCUUCUGUUUUCUCCACGAUUUUGAGUUUUUUUUUUUAUAUUCACAUGUUAGUUUUGCUCCUUCUGCCUUGUGGCAGGAUAGUUCCUUACAUAAACUCCAUGGGGUUGCAGGACGGGCGUAAAUUCCAUGUUGGUGAUUGUGCACUCUUCCAGGCUGGAAAUUCCCCCCCUUUCAUUGGAAUUAUCUGUUGGUUCACUCCAGGCAGUGCUGAUUAUCCACAAUUAGGUGUUAAUUGGCUGUACAGGCCUUCUGAUGUAAAGCUUGCAAAAGGGAUUUUGGUUGAAGCUGCACCAAACGAAGUCUUCUACUCGUUUCACAAGGAUGAAAUAUCUGCUGCAUCACUCCUUCAUCCAUGCAAAGUUGCAUUUCUUUGUAAAGGUGUUGAGCUGCCCUCAGGGAUUUCUUCAUUUGUUUGCUGGCGAGUAUAUGACACCACAAACAAGUGUUUAUGGUGGUUAACUGAUAAGGAUUAUGUUGAUGUAAGUUGCUCACCAUGCGCAAAUUCGUCUCUGGAGGUCCUUUCCUCAGACAUCAGAUAACUUAGCCAAGCCAUCUUUUGCAGGAACGGCAGGAGGAAGUAAAUCGGCUAUUGGACAGAACCCGACAAGAGAUGCAUGCAGCAUUGCAAUCAGGAGGACGUUCUUCAAAGCAAUUGAGUGGUCAUUUAUCAGCGCAGCAGCUGAAGCCCUCAUCUGACAGUGGGCUGAACAGUAGCAACACUUUGUCUUCACAGGUUAAGGGAAAGAAGAGGGCCCUGGAGAAAGCUGAUCAGGGAUCGGAGUCAAUGAAGCGAGAACGUCACUCAAAAGUCGAUGAUGGAGAUUCUGGCAGCUUCAGACCAGACAGCUCUAUAAAGGCUGAGAUUGGAAAGAUAACUGACAAGGGUGGCUUAAUGAACAAUGAUGCAGUUGAGAAGCUGGUCCAACUCAUGCAGUUGGACAGAGGUGAGAGAAAAAUUGACGUGGGUGGGCGGGUGUUGCUUGCAGAUGUGAUUACAGCUACCGAUAGGAACGAUUGCCUUAGUAGGUUUGUGCAGCUGAGGGGCAUCCCUAUACUUGAUGAUUGGCUCCAGGAGGCACACAAAGGGAAGAAUGGGGAUGGCAGCAGUCCAAGGGGGGCCGAUAAGUCAGUCGAGGAGCUUCUCCUGGCUCUCCUUCGUGCACUUGAUAAGUUGCCAGUCAACCUUAAUGCACUCCAGGCUUGUCAAAUUGGCAAGUCCGUCAAUCAUCUACGUAGUCACAAGAAUGUGGAGAUUCAGAAGAAGGCAAAGGGCCUGGUUGACACCUGGAAGAAACGGGUUGAUGCAGAGAUGACGAAGAUUGAGAUGGCAAAGCUUAAUGAUACGAAGCCAGUUGGUUCGACCCAAGGAGUUUCAUGGCCUGGGAAACCCGGCUUCUCUGAAGUAUCGUUGGGAGGAAACAGGCGUGCUGCCUCAACUGAAGUGAUCGCAAAAAGUUCAAUCAAUCAACCCUCUUCAUGCAAGUCUUUGCCUUCAAAGAGUAGCCAUGGCGAUUCAGUUGCGAAGUCAAACUCACCAUCAGCAGGAUCUCUGAAGUUAUCGUCAACCUUGGCCACGUUGGUGACAACUGGCUCCAAAGACUCACACAUAAAGGCAGGAGGGAGUAAUGCAGCAGCAGAGCAGCCUUUGACGGCGGUGAAGGAAGAGAAAAGCUGCAGCUCCAGUCAAUCGCAGAGCAAUAGCCAGUCUUGUUCUAAUGACCAUGGGAAAGCUGCGGGCUCAUUGAAGGAAGACGUUCGGAGCUCCGCUGCUGGUUCAACUAAUACUAGUAAGACAACUGGCAGUUCAUCUCGCCACCGAAGGUCAUCAAAUGGUUAUGGAGGGUCUGGUUCCUCUGCAGUCCAGAAGGAUGUUGGCUUUGGCAAAUCUAGCUCCUCUACCAGAAGUAACACACCCGAGAAAGUAUUGCAGGCCGGAUCUGCCACCGGAAAAUUGGCAGAUACACCCGCUGCUGAUAACGGAAAUGGCCACAUAUUGACGGUGAAGCUUUCAAACCCUGGACGAAGUCCUUCAUGGAGUGCUAGUGGGGGUUCUCUUGAGUACCCAUCGGCCAGGCGGAGUCGACCAUCAUCCCCUGGGCUCUCCGUGAAGAAUGAGCAUGUUGAUCACAAAACAAAGUCAAAGAGUGAUUCUUGCCAGGCUACCAACAUCUCGGCAGAGGUUAAGACAGAAUCAUGGCAAAGCAAUGAUAUGAAAGGCGCUGUUGGAUAUGAUCACGGUGACGGAUCGCCAACAUCUCUUCUCAAAGAAGAACAUGACAAAAACACCAAUGAAGUUGGGAAGGCAGUGGAGGCACUGAACCCUGCCAUUGGGUUGGAGCCCAAGUCUGGGAAAUCAUUAGAAUCGGUUUCGAUCACCAUGAAUGACUUGUCUGAAAACUGUACCCGGCUUGGUCCAGGUGAAUCAGGGGGCAAUGUGUUAGCUUUGACGGAUGCUGGAAAGACACCCAAGUCUGAGUCGGUUUCUCCCAAUGAUUCUUCUGAAAGAAAAACCCCUGACAUUGAAACUGAGAACAAGCCAAAGGUCUCGCUUGAGGACGUGAUGACCCAGAUUCCUGGUCUACCUGAGCAUACUGCAAAUAUUGAUUCCAAGAAACAGGAGCCCAGUGCAGGCUCUUUGGAGACUCAGGAUGAUGUCAAACCUGCUGGCAGCAAAACUUCCGACUGUCCUGUUUCUGCUGCAGCCUCUUUAAGUAAAAAUGCCUCACCGAGUGUAACACCAGCGAAUGAACCUUGUGAUGGGGCGUCUGACGGGCUUGCCGACAUGAAGGAGGAUCUCCACGUGAUUGACCCAGCCAACCAGCUGCAGAGAAAGGGGAGAGCCAGUGAGCAGGUCUCCGAUGGUUCACCAGGCUUUAAACGGAAGGCUGGUGGUUUAUCAGAAGGCAAGCAUGUUGACUGUCACCAGGAAAUUGAUGGGCCUGAUACUGAUCACACUGACGCAGAUAGUGGAACAUGUGCGAGAGAAUCAGUUAUGGAGACAUCGCCAUUUGUUCCCGAUAAGAAGAGUGUAGUGACUGAGACCUUGAAUGCACUUGCAGCUUCUGCUGAGCACGACCUUGCUCCUGCCAUGACAUCUUGCCCGGAUGAUGUGACUGGAAAUAUUGAUGAUGCAGCAGGCAGAUCUUCUCCGACUCCUUUAUCUCAGGAAAUCGUCGAUGAAUCCAAACAUGAAAAGUGCAAUGAUGUGGAGAUGAAGAGCCAGUCAGAACAUAGUCAUGACGAGAGGAAGGAUCAUACGAACCUUGCUGCUGCUCUGCAACUCGAUGGAGCGUGCUCCUCUGUGCAUUCCACUUGUAAUGGGAGUGAGGAGGAUUCACCGAACGAGGUCGUCAGGCACCUUUCUCUUCUGUCGGCUGGGCGUGACGAGCUGCCUCCAGUGCUGACACAUGAAAUUGGGCAGUGCUCGACGACUGGAGCGUCUAAGUUGCCUGCAGGCAAAGUUGAUGAACCCAGGGAGAUUGCAGCUUCUGCAGAAGCUUUCUCUGCCACUGCCACCACCCCUGCACCACAUUCCUCUGCCAAGCUUGGCUUUGACUUAAAUGAAGGGCUUUCCACUGAGGAAGGCAGUGCAGCAGAACUGGUCACUCCGGUCCUGGGACCUUCUUCGGUUGGUUUUCUGCCGAAGCUGCCGCUGUUUUCUGCUUUGCCCCUGUCGACCAGUUUGCCUAUCCACAUCACGGUCGCAGCUCCUGCAAAAGGCCCCUUUGUCCCUCCUGAGAACCUGCUGAGAGGAAAGGGCGAGGGUGGGUGGAAAGGAUCGGCUGCCACCAGCGCAUUCCGCCCCGCUGAGCCUCGCAAGGCUCUAGAGACGACUCUUGCUGCAUCUGAUGCCCUGUCAACUGAUGCUGAUCCGACCGCUGCUGUCGCUGCUACCAAACAGUGCCGCCCUCGCCUGGAUAUUGAUCUGAAUGUGGCUGACGAAAUGACUCUGGAAGAAGACACCACCUCCCAGAGCUCCUUUCAGAAGAAGGGUGGAAGAUCUGAGGCCCUCAGGGAAAACCUUGAUUCACCGAUGAGAAGCUCUGGGGGACUGGACCUUGACCUGAACAGAAUGGAUGAAAGCACCGACACCGGGCCGCCCUCUGCUAGCACUAGCCGGAGACCAGACUUGUCUGCGAGGUCAACUUCCAGGGGGUUCUCUAACGGGGAGCCCAGUGCAUUCAGAGAUUUUGAUUUGAACAAUGGACCUGGCAUCGACGAAGGCGUCCCAGAACUGCUGCCGGGGGGCCAACAGAUGCAGGGCGGCGGCAGCGGUGGUGGCAUAGUGUUCUUACCGUCCCUGCAGAAUGGCGGUGAGAUCGGCAGCCUGUCCUCCUGGCUACCCCCUGGCAAUUCCUACCCAGCUAUGGCAAUGCCCCCAUUCCUCCCACCGGACCAGGGAGAUCAUCCCUACCAAGUCAUAGCGGCUCCUGGCGGUCAGACAAUGUGGAGCUCUGGCAUUGGUGGCGGCACCUUUGGCGGCGAUUUCUACAGAGGGCCGCCGGUGCUCUCAUCUUCUCCGGCGAUGUCCUUCUCCCCACCUGGAGCAUUCUCCUAUGCCGGGUUUCCCUUUGGCACCAGCUUCCCGCUGCCGACGGCCUCCUUCUCUGGGGCUUCAGCCUCUUAUGUGGAUUCUGCAUCGGGCCCCCCACUGAUGGCGGUACCGCCGGCUUCUGCCGCCUCAUCUCCUUAUGUGACGCCCUUCGUAAUCAACCUCCCGGAGGGAGGUGCCGUUGGCGGUGGCGGCUCCGACAGCGGCAGAAAAUGGGGAUGGCAGGGCCUCGACCUCAAUGCUGGCCCAGGUGGUGUGGAGAUUGAAGCGAGAGAAGGUAACAACAGGUCGGCCUUGACCUCGAGGCAGCUCUCUGUUGCCGGCUCACAGGCUUUUGCAGAGGAGAAGCAGGUGAGGAUGUACCAGGCUGCAGUCUCAGGCGGGGUUUUGAAGAGGAAGGAGCCUGAAGGAGGAUGGGACCCGGACAAAUUCACCUACAGGCAGCCCCCAUGGCAGUGA